UGCCUGCUAUAAACGUGGCUUAGCAGACGGCAUCGCACAUUCCAACGGUUGAUUCCUCAAGGUUCUGCCGCGUUCAGCGUGCAGAGUAUUGCCGGCCGAGUCCUGUGUACUACGGCACAAGCAGCUAGGCAUUUGAGGCAAUGAUAGCGAGUUGUCGAGAUAUAAAAGCUCAAGACGAGGGCCAGGAGUCGACAGGGACUUCUUCGUUCAGUCGUAGUGAGAACAAGCCAGCCAUGCUCUUCAAGACUCUCUCUGCUAUCCUCCUCUCUGCCUCGGCUGCCAUGGCCGCGAGCCUUCCUCGCGCUCUUCCCUCUGGCACCGUCACCUGCGGCAGCAACAAGUAUAGCGUCUCUGCCAUUGAGGCUGCUAUCAACGCGGGUGUCGAGGACAUGGACGAAGGCAACCUCCCUGACGACUACCCCCACCAGUACUACGAUGAAUCCUCUGAGAACAUCUCUCUCUGGUGCAGCGGUAACGGCCCCUGGUACGAGUUCCCUAUUAUGCCCAACGGCGAGAUCUACACCUCGAGCUCGAGCAACUACGUAUCCCCCGGUACCGACCGUGUCGUCUUCACCUCCGAUGGCACCUACUGCGCCGUCGUCACCCACACUGGUGCUUCCAGCUACGACGGCUUCGUCGCCUGCAAUGGCGACUAAACGCAUCCUUUUCGUCGAUUAUUAUGCAUCUUUAUAUAGUAGUUCAAGAACGCAAUUCAAAGGAUAUUGGAUCUGC